CAUGGAACCGGGCCCUGCCCUGGCCUGGCUCCUGCUCCUGAGCCUGCUAGCCGAUUGUCUGAAAGCCGCCCAGUCCCGAGACUUCACGGUGAAAGACAUUAUCUACCUCCACCCUUCAACCACGCCAUACCCUGGUGGAUUUAAGUGUUUCACCUGUGAAAAGGCAGCAGACAAUUAUGAAUGCAACCGGUGGGCGCCAGACAUCUACUGUCCACGAGAGACCAGAUACUGCUACACGCAGCACACCAUGGAAAUCACAGGAAACAGCAUCUCUGUCACCAAACGCUGUGUGCCGCUGGAGGAGUGCUUGUCCACUGGCUGCAGAGACUCCGAGCAUGAAGGCCACAAGGUCUGCACGUCCUGCUGUGAAGGAAAUAUCUGCAACCUGCCGCUCCCCCGAAACGAAACCGAUGCCACGUUUGCAACCACUUCGCCCAUCAACCAAACAAACAGACACCCACACUGCGUGUCAGUGAUAGUGUCCUGCCUGUGGGUGUGGCUGGGCCUCACCUUAUAGCAGCUGCAGGGCACCAUGUACAGUCGCCAUCCAAGGGAUUCUCGCUGGUCCAUAUUCAUGCAUGAGUCACUGGCCUGACAGUAAUUACUUGUGAGAGACCACAACACGUAAGGACAUCGUCAGGGCCAAGCAUUACCACAGACCCCUAGGAACUGCCCCUGCUUCAAUAGGAUCAUUCCAUGUCUCCCCAAGACCACACGAGUGCCAACCUCCCCCUGAGACAGGCCCCAGGCUUCGAACCACAGACCUUUGUGUUUGCUCCAGAAAACAGUUGUGCAUUUAUUGAGAUGGGGGGUGUCUUCAUUUGGAAUACCUGCAGAAGCUGUGGGAGGGCCUGGGAUCCUCUAGGCCAUGUUAUAUGGAUCUUCAUCUAUGGGUAUCUUUUCAGAAAAGGAUAAAGAAUCGUUGGUUUUAAUGCAGUUGUGAAUUAACUGACAGCUUUAGAAUUUUACAACGUUUGUUCUUAAAUGGAUGGACUCUUUCCUUGGAGAUUCUGACUGAGCCCCUCCCUGGAAGAUAAGAGGCAAUUUGUGCAGUGUUUUUUUCCCCACCAUUCACCUUCUAGUGGUGUGGUCAAUAUUUCUUUGGCUCUCUGUGGCAGAGAAAGGGCAACCGUGGACAUCUGGCAUAUGGCUAGAGAAGUGUUUUCUCCCAUGGCCGGAAAUCCAUAAGGAACUUCAGAGCAGCUGGGUCGAUCCCUUCCCAGAAUGAGUGCGAGUGGCCUUGUCUUGGCACCUAAUUGUGCUGCCUCAGGGGCUGGAUUACACCUGGACAAAUAAGCGUGGCCACCGCCCUAUGAGUACCAAAGGAAGGUGGGGAUUGCUUUCAGAGCUGGGUUCUCCCCAGGUAGAAUGUAUCCAAACAGAGAAUUGGGGGAUGAAAGCAAGGAGGUGGCCUGGAAGCCAGUCUGAUUCCCCAGUGGCUUUAGGGAGAAGGUUCUACCUGAAUUGCCUCAGGAUUGAUAGGGGAAGGGAUGUCAUUGUGAAGGUGGGGACGUGGUGGCCCUGUAGGAUGUGACGCUGUGAUGGUAGGAGACCCAGCGACUUUGCAGCAGGGAUGCCCCAUUUUUGUUUUCUUUCAGACACUUGCUUUUGAAGUACAUGGUGACAGUUUCACCUCCUUCCUCUUGUUUUGAGGCACUCCAAAUUAUUAGUUUUUCUUCUCCCUUGUAAAUCAUUUAUACAAUAUUUAUUUUUCUACGGCAUGACUAGAAACAACAAUAUAUUGUUAUAAAAAAGAAUAAUUUGAAUGAGAUGGUCAAAUUAGAGUACAUAUUUUUCAACAGUGGUAGAGCUGGUCAUAUAAAUCUGUUGAAAGCUCUCUGCAAUACUGACACCAGUGUUGGGAACUUAUAUCAUGAGACAGAGAGAGAGUAAUGUGCUUGUCUCAAGGUUUCGAUCGCGCUGUCCUCACCGGUGAUGCUCUGGGUGUUCAGGUGGUGCUCCUCAUGGGGCUGAGUUUCUAGGCAGGGUGUGGAGGCAUGCACACAUGGAAUGCAGUGCAGCCAGGGCCAAGAACGAGGACCGUGUUGUCAGGCUUCUUCUGCCUUGUACAGGAAAAUGUCUCUGGCCUGCAAAACGAGACCUUCUCAGGGACUACAUAUGCAUGGCUGUUGAUACCUCUGAUACAAAAUCAUCGAAAUCGCAUCAAGCCGCCUUAAUUCAGAGGUUGGUAGGUCUACCAAUAUGUUGCUUAUAAUGGAGGGUGAGGACGAGAGAGGGAGAAAGCACGCCAUUGAUUGAUGAAGCAAGCACCUCUGAUGUGCCAGGCACUGUGCUGAGCACUUUACAUGCGUUAGGUCGUAUCGUUCCCGUGAGAUCCCUAUGGAGGAAUGUUGCGAAUAUUUAAACUUUACAGAUGAAGGCACUGAGGCUCUUAGAAGUUCAAUAACAUGAGGUCUUUUCCUUCCGGUGUAGGUUAAGUCGGAUGAGGUGUGGGAUUAAAGGAGAGGGGCCAGUGAAAUUCCCACCCUUGGAAACUUCCUGGUCUGAUUCAUGAGAAUUUGGCCAUCCCAUCCUGUGGAGUGCAUCCUGUGGAGUGCAUCCCAUCUGCGUCUAACAAGGCCCUUUGUGUGUGUUCCUAGUUGAUCGCUUUUCUCUGGGGCGUGGGGAAUGGCUUCCUCCUUCAUCCUCUCACUAAAAGAGAAGACAGGUUGAUCCUGCAUCUGAAUUUCAAUGUUGUACAUGUCUACAAGUACCAUUUUUGUGCAUGGACAUUGUUCAUCGACAUCUUCCAAGUACUGCAUGCUUAUGUGAAUAAUAGACAAAAUCCAAAUGUUGGUUCUUAUGGAGAAAGAGACCCCGCCAAAGACUCCCUGUCUGUGUGCAGGGAGCAGGCUGACCUGGUGUGGCUUCACCCACCACCCAACACUGCACCCAUCCUGGCAGGCUGCACAGGUGUUGCUGCACAUCUCCAGUGGGCCUGCCAGAAUAGCUUUUGAUUAAUCUCUCUCAAGAAUGUGGUUUCUCACCAUCCCCAGCCUCAAGAAGCCCAGGAGGGAUAUUUAUCUGGAAGGCCCAGGAUGGGUCAGCCUUCUAACCCAUCAACCACACUUAACCUCCAGUUAAGUCCCACAUUAAUGGAGGCUUAACGUGCAAAGAGCCACAAAGUGUGUGUUAACCUUUGUACCACAUAUUUAUUUUUAGACAACCCUGAGCAUUUUCAUGUCAGUAUGAGAUUAAUGCCUAAAUUUUGUAGAUA